AUGGCGCUCGAGUGGGCGUUCGUCACUGACGUCGGCCCUGGCGCUGCCUUGCCGCCUGACACGGCGUGGCGCAAGCUCAGCGCCCGACAGAGCAACCGCGUGGCUGCUGGCCAGGACGGCGAGACGCAUUCUGAAAUGGAAAAGAAUUGCGCCACAGGCGCAAUCAGGAAGGUCGAUUGGGCGCCUCUGGCAAACCGCUACUUGAAAGGUAGGCGCAUUAUUUUGCAUACGGGCCGCGCUAAGAGCUACGCCAUGCGAGUUGAGGGAGUGUUGCACGAUUCAGUGCGGCACUGCAAAAAGAGAGUGAAAAAGAAUGGCAAGUGGGUGUGGGUGAAGCCGUGCUACGCGCGCUUGGCAACUCAUAAGCUUCCAUGUGGUAGGAAGUUGCGCACCAAGGCCGGCUCCCAGGUUAUCGACAGCGUUUGGAAAUACAUCCGCUCAACCUUGGGUGGCCAGACAAUGGUGCCCAAUUCUGAGACGGCCGCCACUGCAAUUCGCAGCGCCCAGUGGCUUUACUGGCACAGGGGCAAAGACCUUUGGGCCGAGAUGGGAUCCACGUUCUGUGCCAACUUUUGGCGGAGGUAA